AUGCUGAUUGACCGCGACCAGUGCGAUGGCUUCGAGCAGUGGAGAAGCUUCGAAGCUGACAUCAAAGGGGUACCAGGCAUACAGGAAGGCCAGCAGCGGUUGCAGAACUUCAUGUUGGAUGAAAGUGGGCUAGACGCGACCAUUCCGACAGUGCACGCCAUGGACAGCUUCGUGCGACAGGCGAAUGACCAGACAAAGGGCGCCAAACCGCCACAAGGCAUUGAGGGGGCAAUGGCCCUAACCAGCCCCAACGACUUGAAGGUGGCUUUCGAGAUGCUGGAUGCAAGCAAAGAAGGCGUGCUUGGAAAGAAGCAGGCCGCGCAGCUCCACAAUGUUGCCAAUGCCGCAUGA